GCGUCCCGGCCGGGCUGCGGCGGAGCGAGCCGGGCCAGCUCUGCAGAAGGCGGCGGCUGGCUCGCCUGGACGGUCACAUCCCGCUGCAGGGGCGGACGGGGGCAGCCGCACAGGCUGGCGCCCGGGGUCCCAGGACGCUCCGGCAACGCCCCUCCCGUUCCCCGCUCUCUGGGGGCCAGGCUGCGCCGCUAGUCCGAGCUCCGGGUUGGUGAAGGGGGCAGCUUCGCAGCCCCGCACCGGUGCCUGUGCUGCCUCUGCCCCCUGCCCGCCACUCGGUCCCGCGCUUGCCCGCCUUGCCGGGCCCGCGCCGGGAUGGGGUAGGGGGCAGCGCCAGAGUGGAGCGAUGGGCCGCCCUCUAGGCACCGAGCAGCCCCCCGAGGCCUGACCCACAGCGAGGACCCGCAGAGGACCCCGCCUGGAUGUCAAGCAGAUACCACCGUGCCCCGCAGCGAACGCGGCGGGGACCAUGGCUUCGCUGAUGCCCCUCUCCCCAUACCUAAGCCCCACGGUCCUUUUGCUGGUCAGCUGUGACCUGGGCUUUGUGAGAGCCGACCGGCCCCCCUCUCCUGUCAAUGUGACCGUCACUCAUCUCAGAGCCAACUCAGCCACUGUGUCCUGGGACGUCCCAGAAGGCAACAUCGUCAUUGGCUAUUCCAUUUCCCAGCAACGGCAGAAUGGCCCUGGGCAGCGUGUGAUCAGAGAGGUGAACACCACCACGCGCGCCUGUGCCCUCUGGGGCCUGGCUGAGGACAGCGACUACACCGUGCAAGUCAGGAGCAUAGGCCUUCGAGGAGAGAGCCCUCCAGGACCCCGGGUGCACUUCCGAACCCUCAAGGGCUCUGACCGGCUACCCUCAAACAGCUCCAGCCCAGGCGAUAUCACGGUGGAGGGGCUAGAUGGAGAGCGACCAUUGCAGACGGGCGAAGUGGUCAUCAUUGUGGUGGUAUUGCUCAUGUGGGCUGCGGUGAUCGGGCUGUUCUGCCGUCAGUAUGACAUCAUCAAGGACAACGACUCCAACAACAACCCCAAGGACAAGGGGAAGGGGCCAGAACACAGUCCUCAGGGAAGGCCAGUGGGAACAAGACAGAAAAAGUCGCCAUCCAUCAACACCAUAGAUGUCUGAAUGGAGCAGCAGAACUGGAAGAUGGCUGUGCUAACGGCCUGGGGCUGGGAGCAGUCCAAGUUGGGAUGUUUCCAGGAGGGUGAUGACACUCCCACAAUCUCAGGCUGGUAUCCACCCUCCUGGCACUGUCAGCAGGUCCAGAAUGUGGAUCUGUUGGAAUAAUCUGCACCCCUGGACCUGGAGCGUGGCUCUUCGGUGGGAUGUCUCCUCCCAUCCCCUCAGGCCCACUCGUCCAACACUGUCCCAUUAGGUCCCCACUAGAGGGCCCCAUUUCACCUGCAUCAGGACUGCGCACACCCAGCUGCUCUCACAUCU